GCCCUACCAGCGUACAAGAACUUGCACGGGGACCUCCUUGUGCCCAGCCCGUUCGUGGUUCCUGAUGGAGACAAGUCCUGGCCGUCGGUGGCGUGGGGAUACCGACUGGGUACCGCCGUGAAUAGGCUUCGGCAACGGGGGAAGAACAAGUCGCUGUCCCCCAGAAUGGACGAGGAGCUGGGAAGAAUGGGUUUCAUCAUGAACACGCCACAAAACAAAUGGGAGAUUAUCAUUCUGCCUGCUUUGCGGCACUUCCGGAACGUACACAACCACACCGACGUGCCGGCGGAAUUUGUUGUCCCGACGGGCGACGACGCGUGGCCCAAGCUGGCCUGGGGCUACUGUCUUGGCAACGCGGUCAAUGAUAUUCGACAUGGAAAUGUCUAUACCGCUCAAGUGGCCAGGUGUAAGAAGGAGCUUGACGAAGUGGAGUUCUGCAUUGGCAUGUCGAUCGUGGAUCGCGACUGGGAGGAGAAGGUCCUGCCGUCGACCCGAGUCUAUCGCCAAGCGUUCGGAGGCUGCAUUAUACUGCAGUCAUUUGUAGUGUCAUCCUCUGCCCCAUGGCCAGAGAAGGCCUGGGGAAAGCCGACGCUCUCUGUAAUGCGAAGCCAGGGCACAUAUUUUGCACACUACGGGCGCGACAUCGACAAGUUGGACGAACUUGGUGCCAACCUUAAGCUAUUGCCUCGGGCCUGGAACAAGCGCGUCGCUCCGUUACUGACCACCUACGCUGAGCUGCAUGGACGGGGAAAAGUCCAAGAAGACUUUGUUAUUGCGUCGGAGGCUCCGUGGAAGGACACGAUGUGGGAUGUUCGUCUAGGGCUCAUCGUAGCCCGGAAUACGCAUUUUGGACCACGUUAUUUAGUGAUGGCACGAUGGUUACACACGCAAACCUGA